CUCCUUAUCACAAAAUAGUCAGUUGGGUGGUUCCUGUAGCGCUCCAGUCAUCCCUCCAAUCUGUGUCUUGAUUCAGGAGGACGCUGCCAUCCAUACACCUCUGCCCCUAACACUGAGAUCCGUGAUUACCAGCUCCACAGAGUUGAGGGUUUGCGGUGAGCAGUGAGCACUGAGGAAUCAUGGGUCAGGGAGGAGAGGGUAGUGGCAGCAUGGCGUGGUCCAUCGUGUGGCUAAUCAUCCUACUGCUUGUAGGGUUCUGGCUGGCUGGACUGUGUGCCUUCCUUUAUAUCAUCCUCAACAUCUUUGCUGCCUGCAUUGAGGGUCUGAAUCCUGUGUGUGAGAUACUGCUGAAGGGAGUGCAAGCGACAGGGACGUGUGCCCAGUACAUGGUGAAGGGCACACCCAUCAGCGAGGCCUUCAAGUGAGGACGGCCUCCCUCUGAAUGAUGGCAACCCUGCUCAACAAUCAGUUUGAAUGGAGAUCUGUUUUCUUUACAAAUGCCAGGCAUGCUGACAAUGUUCAUAAAAGAUCUUAAUUCUAGUGAUUAUGGUACAAUGUGAAAGUGUGAUAGACAGAGAUGAGUUCUGGAAGCCAAGGGUCCUCUGGAAUGUUUCCCCUGCAGCAUGGAGAUCUUCUAUCACCUGUCUAAUCUUCAUCAGUGAUUGCAGCAUGCAUGUUGUGUGUUAUCUUUCAAGUUGAUAACAUAGUGUCUUUCCUUUUCCCCUCCUUUGUAUCUUUACCACCAAGACACACUACACUGAAUCAUGCAAAUCCUGUCUCCUCUUCCUCCAUUCCACUAUUACUCACUGAAAACACACCAAUCACCUUCCUUUAUUCCAUACUUUUACCCUCCUUUCAUUAGAUAUGUAAAUAUAUUUUGCAGUAUUAGUCACAAGGGAAAAUAUAUGUACUGUAAUUUUAUAACUAUAAGGGCUGCAUCUCCUCCAUCUUAUGUUCUCGACUGAACAGAAACGUCAGCAAGCCAUCGAGUCAGAAAAUUAUGUGUAAAUGUUAUUAAAGUAAGAUUUAACUGAACUGCAUUUCAAAAGUGAACAUAAAAUUAUGCAUACGAUUUUUCUGGCAACAAGAGUUACCUGAAGAGCCUUCCAUCAAUGCAAAAAUGAGGGUAACUUUAAGGGAUAAGGGAGAAACACACCCUUCCACCUAGAUAUCUGUUAUCACAGGUAACUGAGAGAUAGCUGAGAGACCAACAACCCAGGGUUGAAACUUGUGCAGUCACACUCCACAAUGUUCUCUACCUUACAUCUAUGACUCUCGCUAAGUCUGAGAUUCCUUACCACCUUUCUCCCACCCAAUAGUCCAAUUUUUGUCCUUAAAUAUAAGUAUAUCAGCCUAUAUACCAGGCUAGCAAUCCCACACAGGGCAGUCCAGACAAAGCACCAUACAAUUAUAAGUCAUUCACACUCUUAGCCCUGUCAGCCCCUGGUGGGAAGGGACAGUCUCAUGGACCACCCCAGGAGCUUAGGCAUAGCAUACUUUCUUAAAUACAUGUACUGUACUAUUAAGUCUUUUGAAUACGGCACAUUUGGCACAUACCAUACAAAAUGCUGAUGAUCAUAAUCGUUGUACAUGAGUAACUAUAAGAAGUACAUGUCAUAUGCUCCUUGUUAAGGGUUGAUUAAAAGUACAUACUUGA